CAUGUAUCCAAAUCAGUUUGAGUAGUCCGCGAAGAAAGCUACUUAUAGCUUAUUUUCUUAGCAGCCAAGUUAUUUGCUUCAGUAUAAUAUUGAUAAUUUGCAUAGGUAUAUCUUGACGGUUUUACAUUGUUAUAUCUUGACAAUUUUACAUUGUAUAUUAUAUCGUGUGAGUGAAAGAGAAACAAUUAUAAUGAUGGUAUUGAAAAAAUUUACAACAGUGUUUUUGAUGGAAAUCCUCAUUUUACCAAUUGUUCUCGAAGCUGACAUUUAUCAUGGAUAUAAUACUUACAAACAAUACUAUGAUAGCCGCAUUAAUAGCGAGCAAUUAGAAUAUCCAAUAGAAAUCUCCGAAGAAUCGUAUUACGAUCAUAAUGAUGUAAAGAAAAAAAUAAAUUCGCGUUUUGGAGAUGACAAACGACAUACGAAUAUUGACAGUAGUUUUGUAUUUCCGGAUGAUGUGUUGCAAGCGCGAAGCGGUAAUGGCAAUGGUGACAUAAAUUUAAUUGGUCCAACAGCGAAUUGCGACAAGCAACAAACCUUCUGCGAAAAUGUCUUGAAUUAUCCCAAAGAAUUUGUGAAUCAAGCACUCGCGACCGAUUCCAGCCUGUUGCAGUACGCAUACGAGGAUAUUUUAACUAUUGCACCACGAACAGACCUCAGUGAGGAACCACUUUGUCUCUCUCAGGAGCGAGUAAUUCGUCCAAAAACAGCUCAAAACUUGAAAAAUGAAUGGCGCUUUAUCCUCCAAUCAAAUGAGAUGAAUUUUUCUCAAAGUGUGCGAAUUGAAACUUGCAAAGAAGAAAAUAAUAAAUGCAGGAUGAUUGACGGUUUUGCUGAGGGAUAUAUCACGGCAUGCAAACAGAAAUACAUUUAUCGCGAGUUGUCAGCCAUCUCUGAAAACGAUGAGAUCGUCCGCGAUUACUUCAGCUUUCCUGCAAGUUGCUGCUGCCACGUUCAGUUUAACGCCGAUGACGGAGAUACAAGAACAAGAAUACAAUCAACUUCAUAUAACAUUCCAUAGCUUCAUUCGCAGAUUACACAAUACGAUAAAAUACGAUAAAUAUACGUAUAAGAAUAUUUAAAAAAAUAUUUUAUAUAUAUGUAGAUAUUUUUGAGCGAUUCUCGUGGAAAUAAUUAGCUACAUAUUAAUUUGGCUUAGAUUUUAAUUGCGAUACAAAAUCGAAGAAGAUGAUUGCUCUUGUUCGUAUUAAGGACUUUGCAAAACGUUAUAUGCUGAAUAAGAUAUUCUGAUAAUCUGAAAAAAAAAUAAAAAUUAAAACGUGAACAUAAAGAUACA